GGCAUACAUACAUUAAAAUCGCUACGUCUUCCGUUGGAUAAUGCCAAAUUGAUUUCAAAAAAAACUUUCACUGGCCAGUCAAUAGGCCAAAAUAGCAUUCAAAUGAGAAGGUUAACAAAAACUUUGGUGAAAAUUGGAUUGACAAGCCAAGUUCAGAUUGAUUCAAGUAUCAGUUGGCUUUGGACCAGAAAAGAACACGGCGGCGAGUUAAAAAUAUUUUAUUUACUGUCGCAUCCUUUGAAGCAUCAUAAUGUAUUGGAGACUUUGGGGAGCUGUCCUGUUGUUGGCAUGGUUUAAUUUACCAUAUGAAGUCCAAGCAGCCAGGAAAAAAAAUUUAGAAGUACUACAACUCUGGAAACCACAAUCACAACAGAUUUUACACUCUGGUCGUCAGAGUGAUUAUCCCAGCUAUGUUCAAAACACAUUAACCCGCAGUGGAUACAAUCGUCGUCGGCAAUUAAAGAGUCGUGGCAAGGCAGCGUCAACAACCACGACGGAGCGACCUUUUAUACGCGUCUGGAAUAAUUUAGUGCGCAGUGUGCAGCCCAAUUUUGGUUUUCGUAAUCUGUCAAUUCCCUUUGUUAACUUGUUUAACAAUGGCAAUGCCAAUAUCAUAGAAACGGUGCCAUUGCAGGCGCAGUUGUACAGUGAUGACAAUGAGGACGAGCAGGACCAGUCAUCAUCAGGAGCUACAAUGCAGAGUUCCAAUAAACGUAAACGUAAGCGACGUAAGCAACAAAGGCGUCGUCCAAUCUAUGAGUCAGUGGAACAGGAUGAUCCAUAUGAUUUCUAUGGUGCCCCAUUAAGACAACAACAAAAACCAAUUUACUAUUACGGUCCCAAUGUCGAUAGUUAUUAUGAUAUGAGACGUUUGCAGGCUUAUAAUGAUUAUGCCAAUCAGGCUAAUUACUAUGAACAGUACUACGAAGAUGGACAGUCCGAAGAGGAGCAGCCAGAAUAUGCAUCUGAGGAAAACCUAGGCAAGAAGUACGCCGUAUUGCGUCCUCUGGGAUUGGCUAUCAAAGUGUCUAGUAGCGAUUCACCAGCCGCAAUUGAGAUCGACGAAGAAACCGACGAAAGUCUAUUAGCCAACGACGCAGCCAAUGAGAAUGUCGAUGCGCCCGAAGUCGUCGACGAUUCUAGUUCAAUGCAAGACGACUCCACCUCUACCCUCUCGGAGAGCAUGCGCAAUGUAAUUGGCACGUACAUGCGUGACGAUCAACGUAAUCGGCAACGACAGCGCCAAUCUGAAAAGAAGGUGGAAGCGAUUUCGUCAGCUAAAACAAAACCGCGUAAUCGACAUAGUUUUCUAUUGGCUGCACGCCUGGUAAAUGCAGCAAAUAAACAUCAAUAAACUCUGUAUUAUUAUGUAAAUGAUGUGUAUUUUGAUGGUGUAUGUUAGUCUGUGGUGUGUGUACAAAUGAAAUGAAGUUGACAAUCUGUAAAAAGUAAAUUAAAAGUAUAA